UUCCAAAGCAUUCUGGUCACUUCAGGUUUGCCAAACUCGCUGGUUAAGAGUGACCUCCAUUGCGGAUCGAUUGAAUGUAGACUUUGCCCUCAUUCACAAGGAGCGCAAGAAGGCCAACGAAGUGGAUCGCAUGGUGCUGGUGGGUGAUGUGAAAGACAGAGUGGCCAUUCUGGUAGACGAUAUGGCAGACACAUGUGGUACCAUCUGUCAUGCUGCGGACAAGCUUGUGUCAGCUGGAGCCACCAAAGUUUAUGCCAUCUUAACUCAUGGGAUCUUUUCUGGGCCAGCAAUUUCUCGGAUCAACAAUGCCUGUUUUGAGGCAGUUGUAGUCACAAACACAAUACCCCAGGAGGACAAGAUGAAGCAAUGCCCUAAAAUCCAGGUGAUUGACAUCUCAAUGAUCCUUGCAGAGGCCAUCAGGAGGACUCAUAAUGGGGAAUCUGUCUCCUACCUAUUCAGCCAUGUCCCUUUAUAACAACAGAUGUCAGCUGCUGCUUGUGUGGCUUUUUUUAAAACCAAAAGUUGUUCAGCUUGUUGUAAAGUUCAGUAGAAGACUCUGCUUGUUCCAGUGCAGUUCUCCACAGCUCCUCCUGCUUAAGUCAGGCUUACUGACUCUGAUCCCAACACUGGGAGGCUGGAGGGAGGAAGCUCAUCUCUGUAACACUCCAACUCCACCAGCAACCCUGUGCAUUGGGGUUCAUCAGUAGUUAUUGACUCAAUUCUGCAGAUCUGUGGAGAGCGGGACUGACACAUGGCUAAUUGCCACAAUUAUUUUGGGGGGGUGGGGGUGGAGAGGGUUUGUCUGUGGGCAGGGUUAGAUGAUCUGGCAUGCGCACCCUAAACUGUUUGGGAAGUAGAGCUCCCUAGGACAUGUUGAUGUGGAUCUACAGCAAGAGCCUGAGAGACUGCUGGCUGUCUUACCACUCUAUACCUGAGAGAAGCCCUUGAAGAGCAAUGGGGAAGGCUUGUAUCUUGGCCAAGCUUGACCCUAGGUGAAGCCCUGGGG